CCGGGGCUGCAGCUCGCCGCUCGCUCGCUCGCUCGCUCCCUCCCUCCCUUCGCCUGUAGGUUUAGUCAGGCAGCGAGCUGCCGGCGGGCCAGCGAGCCACAGAGGGCCCGAGCUUCGGACGCCAGCGCCGCCUCCUGCCUUUGUUCGUCCGACUGUAUCCGCGGGCAGGCGCGGGAGCCUGGGCCGGGAGCUACCGGUGAGCAACAUCAUGACAACAGAGAAGGGUUUAGUUGUUGAGGCUGAAAAUUCUCAGCCUCAGCAACAGAAGGAAGAGGGUGAGGGAGCCACAAACUCACACCAACAAGAAACUCAACUGGAAGAGGCUUCCCAAGCAGCUGAGGCAGAUAAUCAGUGUGAGCAGAAGCUGAAAGCAUCCAAUGGAGACACUCCCACACAUGAAGACUUGACCAGGAACAAGGAACGGACAUCAGAAGGCAGGGGCCUGUCACGACUGCUCUCCUCAUUUCUCAAAAGACCCAAAUCUCAAGUCUCUGAGGAAGAAGCCAAAGAGGCAGAGGCAGAAAAAGAAAAAGGAGAAGCUGGUCAGAAAGAGAUAGAAUUUGGAGCCAGUCUUGAUGAAGAUAUCAUUUUAAAGGCCCCAAUUGCAGCUCCUGAACCUGAACUCAAAACAGACCCAUCUUUGGAUCUUCAUUCAUUAAGCAGUGCAGAAACACAGCCAGCUCAGGAAGAACACAGAGAAGAACUAGAUUCUGAAACUAAGGAAGGAGAAGAAAUUGAAGAGUGUUCCAAAACAGAAGUAAAAGAAAAUCGUGAAACGAAAGCAGAAAGAGAAUUAAAAGCUUCCCAGAAAUCAGUCAGAAGGCACAGAAACAUGCACUGCAAAAUUUCUUUGUUGGAUGACACUGUUUAUGAGUGUGUUGUGGAGAAACAUGCUAAGGGUCAAGAUUUGCUUAAACGAGUAUGUGAGCACCUCAAUCUUUUGGAGGAAGACUACUUUGGUUUGGCCAUUUGGGAUAAUACAACCACUAAGACAUGGCUGGAUUCUGCCAAAGAAAUAAAAAAGCAGGUUCGAGGCGUUCCUUGGAAUUUCACAUUUAAUGUAAAAUUUUACCCACCUGAUCCAGCACAGUUAACAGAAGACAUAACAAGGUACUACUUGUGUCUUCAGCUUCGGCAGGAUAUCGUUGAUGGACGUCUUCCCUGUUCCUUUGCAACCUUAGCAUUACUAGGUUCUUACACCAUCCAGUCUGAGCUGGGAGACUAUGAUGCAGAACUUCAUGGUGUGGAUUAUGUUAGUGAUUUUAAACUGGCUCCAAAUCAGACCAAGGAACUUGAAGAGAAGGUCAUGGAACUACACAAAUCGUACAGGUCCAUGACUCCUGCUCAAGCUGACUUGGAAUUUCUUGAGAAUGCCAAAAAGUUGUCUAUGUAUGGAGUUGAUCUUCAUAAAGCAAAGGACUUGGAGGGAGUGGAUAUCAUCCUAGGUGUCUGCUCUAGUGGCCUUUUGGUUUACAAAGAUAAAUUGAGAAUUAACCGUUUUCCUUGGCCCAAAGUGCUAAAGAUUUCUUAUAAACGUAGCAGCUUUUUCAUCAAAAUCCGGCCUGGAGAGCAAGAACAGUAUGAAAGUACCAUUGGAUUCAAACUUCCUAGUUACCGAGCAGCGAAGAAAUUAUGGAAAGUCUGUGUAGAGCAUCACACGUUUUUCAGACUGACUUCAACAGACACUAUUCCUAAAAGCAAAUUUCUGGCCCUGGGAUCCAAAUUUCGAUACAGUGGUCGGACUCAAGCUCAGACCAGGCAAGCUAGUGCUCUGAUUGACAGGCCUGCCCCACACUUUGAGCGAACAGCAAGCAAAAGGGCAUCCCGGAGCCUUGAUGGAGCAGCAGCUGCUGAUUCAACAGACCGAAGUCCUCGACCCACCUCUGCCCCAGCCAUUGCUCAGAGUCAGGUUACAGAAGGCAUUGUACCAGGAGCAUCUGUCAAAAAACCACAGAAGGAAACAGUGAAGGCUGAAGUGAAAGAAGAGCCACCUGAGCAAGCUGAGCCAGAGCCCACAGAGGCAUGGAAGGUGGAAAAAACCCACAUCGAGGUCACAGUACCUACCUCAAAUGGUGACCAAACACAGAAGCUUGCAGAAAAAACUGAAGAUCUGAUAAGAAUGAGGAAGAAAAAGAGAGAGAGACUAGAUGGUGAAAACAUUUAUAUCAGACAUAGCAAUUUAAUGUUGGAGGAUUUAGACAAGAGUCAAGAUGAGAUCAGAAAACAUCAUGCCAGCAUCAGUGAGCUGAAAAAGAACUUCAUGGAGUCUGUACCAGAGCCACGGCCUAGCGAGUGGGAUAAACGCUUAUCUACGCACUCGCCCUUCCGAACUCUUAAUGUCAAUGGGCAGAUCCCCACAGGAGAAGGAGUGAAGAAAACCUCUGUUCUCCCCUCGGAAAGAAAGGUUGGUGGGCCAGAGAGUGUAAAUGGCAUUCGCACAGAGGAGGUGGCUGUCGUGACAAAGGGGCCAUCUGCCUACCCUGCUUCUGAAUGGGAGGGUCCCAAGCAGUCAGUAGGUCCUAGUAAGAGCCAGAUGACCACCCCCUCGGAGUCUCUGCAGAGCUUUGGCUUUGGCUCCCUCUCCAUAAGCAGCAAGGAAACAGAAGAGAAGGAGCAGGGGGCAUCUGGCCAUCUUGGGCCAAGUGGCCCAAGUGGGGAAUACAUAGGAGUGGAGGAACAGGCCAGUGCAUUACAGUUCUCAGCAUCCUGUCAGCUGCAGCUUGGUGAAAACAAGGCAGACAGUAGUGAAGAGCAUGUUACACCAGGAGAGCCACUUGGAAAACAAAAUGGAUCAUUUCUUGACUCUUGUGUGGGUAACCAGUUCCCCACCCUCAUUCGAAGUUUCCAGCCUCCUCUGGUAAAGACUCAGACCGUCACCAUCUCAGACUCAGCCAAUGCUGUGAAAAGUGAAAUCCCAACCAAAGACGUCCCUAUUGUCCACACUGAGACCAAGACCAUCACUUACGAGGCUGCCCAGACUGAUGAGAGCAAUGGGGACCUGGACCCAGGAGUCUUGCUAACAGCUCAGACCAUCACAUCCGAGACCACAAGCAGUACCACCACAACUCAGAUUACCAAGACCGUAAAAGGUGGGAUUUCAGAGACCCGGAUUGAAAAAAGAAUUGUGAUCACAGGAGAUGGCGAUAUUGACCAUGACCAGGUUCUUGUACAAGCCAUCAAGGAAGCAAAGGAGCAGCAUCCUGACAUGUCAGUGACCAAGGUGGUCGUCCAUCAGGAGACUGAGAUCUCUGAGGAAUGAGCUCAGGAACUAUCCUACCCCAACUCCCUGCCCUCCCACACCCAAGAGAAAUCAGCGCAAUGCUAAAGAAGCCAGCCUGCAAUAGUCAGACUCCAGACUUUCAAGAUCAUUCUAAACCACCAGAAAAUUUACUUUAUUUUCUAUUUGGAAUUUAUACCAAGAGAUUCUUCUAGAUAUCACUGAUCCUUUUGAAGACCUUUUUCUAUAUUGUGAUACCAGAAAUUGUUCCACUUUUCACUCUAUGAACUGUUUUCGAAGAAUUUUUUUUUUUAAUAGGAUAGUUUGUAACCCAUUCAACCUAGCCUCUCCUCACUGAUCCUCAACCCAGGCACUGAGAGUCUACAGAUUUCAGGACUUCCUGCAGAGACUCUGUCAGCUGUGUUGGAGCCAAAGCCAAUUCCCUGGGAUACCCUCUCCUCCCCACGUUUUACCCUUUGGAUGACAGCAGAAACUUCAGCUUUCUCCAAGCCAACCAUAUAACGUCACCAGCAUGUCAGGCAGGGAGACUGCCCUGAUCCACCGGCCCCAGAUAAAUGUCUUUUCCCUUGGUGAGGGUGUGUCUGAUGAGGCAGGCCUCUGCUGAGAAUGUAGUGUUGGUUUUCCUCCCUCUCUCCUUCUCUCUACUUUGGAGCUUCCUUAGGUCAGAGACGUAAGAAGUUGCUUCCGAUGUAUCUGAUACUGUGAAUGUUUGAACAUAUCUGUGGCCUUCACCUCCCCACCGUCCUCACACCUUACUGGAAGCCGUGGCUUCGCCCAGUGCCCCAAGUUCCUAGCCGAGGAAACUAAAACACAUGGAAAAACAGACCUUUUUUUAGCCAUGUUCUUCUAGUGGAACAUUUUUAGUGGUGGUUUGGGGAAGGAAAGUUAAUGAGGUUCUUAAAAUAAGGUCUUCUAGUUCUGGGGGUGUGCACCUCACUAGGAGGAAUGGUGUUUACCUCAGCUCCUCAGCUCCAGCUAAGGAGCACAUCUACUAAGGAGCACUCCGAGAGUCAUGGUCUUUGACCUUCCUGCAUUCUACAAGCACCUGCCUAAGGACACCCUUCAGCAAGCAAGGUAUUGGCUUCUGGAGGCUACCCCUCCCACACGACACCACGUGUCAGGGGUACAAAGCCCCCCUUACUCAUUCCCAUUCACUGCCUGAGGUCUAUCAAAUUUUGUGCACUUGCUUUCCUAGCAGGUUUUCAAUUUAGUUUUUAUUAUUGCUUUUUUUCUCUCCCUGGCUUCAUUUUGAAAAUGAGGUCUGGUGCCCCUGAUUCCUGGAAAGGAUUUGGGAGCAUUUUUUUUUUUUUAAGUCAAACAGGGCUUCUCUAGUCCUUCAGCUUGCUUCCCCACAAAAGGAUCUGCCUGGAAGCUUCUUAGAACCCAGAUUCUAGGCUAGAAAGUCAUGAGAUUAGACAGUAUGUGGAUGACAGCAGUCACUUGGGGUCCCAGGGCAGUGGGCAAGAGAGAAAUCAAUAGCCAGUGGGGACACCACAGCCCCUACUAACUCAGUUGUGUUGAGGUGAACUGAGCUGUUUGAUUUGUGUGUGUGCCUUUCCCUUUUCGUUCUCACAUGGACUGUUACUGCCGGCACGCAACUCUCUAAGGGGGGGAGAGGGCAUGGUGGGACAUUUGACAGGCUUGAGGAAGCAGGUUGUCCUCCUUCAGAAAUCAACUUCCAGGCUGUGGCAAUGGGGUUUGAAAUGGUGGCACGUUAAAACUCCCCCUCCCAUCAGUCAAGCUUAGCAUUAGCUGGCCUCCCCAAGGCCAGACCUCCUGCUGAAGGAGCCUCCCCUCCCCAGCUCAUAGAUCUGACACCUGGGAUGGAGAAGAUAUAGGGGUUCACUUAGCACCCCAAGCAUUCUGUGUGAUUCAGCUCAGUGCAGCAGUUCUUACAGCACAGGACCUCGACCUCGGACCUGAGGGCUUGAACUUUCCUCAGCUCUGACUCCACUCACUCCUCCUCUCUGCAGCUUUUGUUUCUGGACCCAAAAAACUCUAGCAUCCUUCCAGGCCUCUCCUCCCUUCCUCUCUCUCUCUCUCUCUGGCAACAGAUUUCGAGGUUGGCAAUUGUUUGGAUUUUUUUUUUCAUUCUGCAGUUGUGUGUGUGUGUGUGAACAAACUCUGUCCAGGUAGAAAUGGUGAAGGGGGGAGAAGGGUGACAUUUCCAGGGUCAGAAGCUUGGCAGCAAUUUUCCUAAAGUGACUCAGACACACCACAGUAACAAAUCUCGCUGCAAUUUUAUUUUUACUUCAGAAGUAAGUUUCCUUCAAACUUCAUGGGAUCUCUGCCACCCACCUGCAAAGCAAGACCUGUCCUCAUAAGCCCAGGGAGCCUACCUGCAGGGACCUGUCAGAGCACCUGUCCCCCCCUCUCCCAGGCCAGACUCUGCAUUCCCGGGAGAUGGGAGGACACCACCCUUGACACUCACAGGAACUCUGUCUAGGAUGCCAGCCCCAGGCUACUUGUUUUUACCAAUCACUCUCAAAUGUAUUAUUUUGGUGACAAAAAAAUGAAGGAGCUUUGUAAAUUUUUUUAAAAAAUUACGAAUCAUAUAUCAAGUAGUUGUUUACAUUUCUUGACAAAAUAGAACUAUGGCAGCAGAAUUACAUUGGCAAAAACCCUUAGAUUAAAUAGGCAAUAAUUAGGUCUGCUGUUUUGGCCUUUUGUAGCCAGGGAAGUGGUUGUAGUGUUGAGAUCUGUGUUUGGUCUUGCUUCUUGUAUUGCAUUUUUCAAUAAACAAACAACAAAAA